CUCCAAAUCUACUUGGUCUGUGUUACCUCGGACUCCCCCGAGUUUGCUCUAUUCAUGUGUGGAAUCUCAUUGUUGGUGCAGGCAUCAUUCAAGCCGGUGUUUUAAGGCCAGAGGGAGGCUCCUACUUCAAUACAGCCAGGUUUGAAGAGCUAGGGCAACUGCUACUACGACUUCCAGGGCUGGCGGCCAGUCGACGUGAAUGGUAGGAAGGAUUGAAAGAUUUUAGACUGAAAAAUGGCCAAAAUGGUACUGAGGAGCAAAACUUCAGCUGUGGGGAAGCCAGAGCAAGCGAAACCCUCAAAGAUGACACCUGCCGCACUGCCAAUGGCUUGGUGCCUUCUCACGUUAUGGACACUUACCUCAGCUGCACAUUUUGAGGAGCAGGAGCUCAAUGAAACUGUUAUUUGUAAUAAUGACCAGAUACAAGUUCUCAUUCCCAGUGUCUUCUUUCUCAGCAAGGACCCUCCUGUUUACAUUUGGGACCUGCAUCUGAAUGACCCAGAGUGUCGUGGGGCUGAGGUUGAGGAUAACUUUGUCUUCACCAUCAAGACUAAUCUUACAGACUGUGGCACCAUCAUGGCAUCUGAUGAUACUUACAUCAUGUUCAUCAACACUAUCCACAAUAAUGAAACGGAUAUCAUCACAAGAAGUUAUGUAAACAUUACAUUUGGAUGUCGCUAUCCUGUAAACUACAUGGUACGGCAGCCCAAUGGAGAAAAUAUGAUCAGAGUGGAUGUCAGGACGAUCACUCUGAAUACAGAGGAAGGCAAUUUCUCAGUGGCCAUGCUGCUGUAUAAAGAUGAGGACUUUGAAGACAAAUGGACAACUGUUCCCUCAUUGAUGCUUGAAGACAACAUCUAUGUAAAAGUUUAUAUGACACCAGCUAAUCUUAUGCUCCGAGUGGAGAGAUGCUGGGCCACACCCAAUAAUGAUCCAUACAGCAACGUCCAAUACACUUUCAUCGAGGACAGUUGCCCAGUGUUGGCGAACGACCAGACGCUGGACGUGAUGAAGAAUGGGCAUGGCCCAGAAGCUCUGUUCAGGAUCCAGAUGUUUAAGUUUGUGGGCAGCUCCUACACAGACGUAUUCCUCCACUGCAAUAUCCAGAUCUGCCACAGCAGUGCAGGAGUGUGCCAGCCUAACUGCUCCAGUGAAGAUGUAUCAGGUCGGACACGCAGGGAAGUCACUCUGUCCCACACAGUCUCUUAUGGACCAAUAAGACGACUCCAGGUUGACUCCAAUCUAAAUGCAGGUAUGCCACCAGUUGAAACCUUUGUGCUGGGAGGUCUGCUAGUGGUUCUGCUCCUCAUCACUGGUGUGCUUGGGAGGCUGUGGCUCCAUAGCAGACGGUCCUAUCCCACCCAAGAAGCCCAACUCACCCUGUCCAACAUCCAUCAUCUCUCUGAGGUUGCCACCUAGGAUGUCUUGCACAUAGAAAUGCCUCUCUGACAUGCACACACACACAGAAAUGCAUGCAUAUGCUCACAAGCACACACAUACACAAAAUAAAAUAUAUAUUCUCAUUCUGUACAGAGAGCAUUUGAUAAGGUAUAGUGUGCUGUUUUAAACAACUAGAAAUAGGAUCAAGUCAAACUGAUAAAACUCAAAUUGUUUUAAAUACAUGCAGAUUGGUUUCUAUUUUGAUUUUUAUGAAUUACAUGGCUAACAGAAAAGCAGAAACGUUUUUAAAAUAAAAAACUUUCAUGA